GUUGUGGUAUAAUGUCAUUCGUAUGCCAACUUUUCAGAAGGCAUUGAUAGUCGUAAAAAAACUACAUACUAUUAUUAUGUCAAUUUACAAUAGUGUAAACAAAUCAGGAGGAUUUUGGUUAUAUUGAGCUGAUUUUUGCUCUAAAGAUUCGAAACCGUGUUCCCAGUUGUUUAUAAAGCCACUUGAUUCUUUACAGCGAAUUUGGGCAAUCCUACUACGUCUGUUACUUCCACUCCAAAGAGAAAGGAGAUUUAAGCAUGUCGAAAAAAUACAAAAAAUCGAAAGAUUCACAUUGUGAACGGCACAAGGACCACUCAAAGAAAAAGAGGAAAAAGGAGAAGAAGGAGAAGAAAAAACAUAAAAAGGACAAGUCGCACGAUAAAGAAGAGAAAAUCAAAGAGAUGAUCGGACCUGCAGUUUCUGAGGCUUCUUCUCAGGGCGCAGCGACAUCGGCUUAUCGUCCAAUGACUAAAGAUCAGUGGGAAAAAAGUCAGAGCGUAGUUAGGAGAGUCGUCGAUCCAGAAACAGGAAGACAAAGACUGGUAAAGGGAGAUGGAGAAAUUCUUGAGGAACCAGUGAGCAAGAGCCGACACCGUGAAAUCAACAAGCAAGCUACUGCUUCAGAUGGCGCUUUCUUCCAAUCCCAAUUGCAAAAGAAAGUAUAGAUGUGUAAUAAUACCCCAGUGUUCUUCUCAACUCCCAUUAGGUGUUGCAUUUUAAGAUUACUAUUUACUUACCGUUUACGAUUGUACAACUUCCUCUAUUGCGGAAGAAAAUAAUUUUACUUUAAAUUGUCUGCUUCCAACUUUGUAACUGUAUGUGAUUCAUUUGAAGAUAACGAUUUACUUACCGUACGUUCCAAUUAUACAUCUUCUUCCUCUGUUGAGGAAGAAAAUAAUUUCACUUAUUGUCUGCUUCAAACUUGUUUCCAACUAUAAACGUUCCCAAUAAUUGUGACUGUAUGUGGUUUGAUGAAUUUUAAGAUAACGAUUUACUUACUGUUUACGCCAUAAGUCAAAUGAUACAACUACCUCUAUUGAGGAAGAAAAUAAUUUCAUUUUAAAUUGUCUGCUUCAACUAUAAGUGAAACUGUCUGCUAUAAACUUUUUUCUUACUAUAAGAGUUCUUGAUAUUUGUGACUGUAUGUGGUUGGUACUGUAUCAUUGUAGUUUUCGUUUACUGAGCAUUGAGCUGCGUUUACAUUAAUUUGAAACAGCGUCCAAUAGUCAGCACCCAAGUCCACUGACUUUCCUUAUAAUCGUAAUUGAAUAAAAUGAGGUUUCAUUUGAUGGUAUAUUUUUCAAUAUAUUGGUGAUAUGUUAUUAUGUCAAUUAUUGCUCAAAGGCCUGCAACGAUGUAAUUUAAAUAUAAAUAAAAUAUGAAUAUUUUAACACAUGAAGUGGUUACUUUGCAAGUACACAUGAACAGAAAUGCUCGAUCAGCGAAUUCUCCCCGUUUUAUUGGUUACCAGAUAGUUUUGAUGUAUUUGAUCUGUCAAUUUUGAAAGAAUGUAAACGCAGUAAGUUAGUUACUAAAUUUGAUCUCAUAACAAAACAAAAGGUCUUGAUGUAUCAGGGUAUGAAAAUUAUCUUUACUUCAUAACUCACUAUUCUAUUUAUAUAUUUUAUUGGCUAUACUCAAUUUUAAUUUUUUAAUUAUUUGCUAUACUCAAUUUUAGUAAUGACUUCUUGGAGAAUUCUUUUAUUUAUAUAGUGAGGUCCACGUUAUAAUGUUUGAUUAACAUUGGUGUUGCUAUCCUUGUCCAUCAUUCGACAAAGCAGAUAGCGCUAUCCUUUCCUAGCAACGUUGUCAGAUCGGGUUUUAACAAUAAAUAAAUAUAAAUCAUUAACAAAAUAUUCCAACUCAAUCAUAAAAAUGUAUUAUUUAAUCAUUGAACAAUAUAUUUUCUGGGCGAAUAAAAUAUUGAUUAUUUUAAACAAGAAUGAACAGUUAAUAUUACAUCAGAUAUAACGGUAUCAGCUGUCCUCUAUAGAAGGCAGAGAAUCGUCAACUCUGUUUUUUAUCUUUCUCCACUGCCAUUAUAACGUGUGCCUCACUCAAGCUUUUAAAUGUUAUUUCACAUCUUUAAGUUGAAAUAUUGAUCAUCUGUGUUCAUGAAAAGUUUUCUUAUUCUCAUUUUGAGUAUGAUUUUGAAAUAUGUAUGUUUUUUAUUGAUCCAGUCUUCUUUACUAUGCAUGCUUAUGAAACCGGACAAGCAUUUAAUCUCUGUAAAGAACAAAACAUGGUCACUAUGAGAGCGAGAACUUUAUCAGAAUAUUGAAAAUUGAUUGCAUAGAAAUUGCUUUCAUUUAAAAGCUGAUAUUUUCGACAAUUUGUCAGAACUUGUCAAAUCAAAUUUGCAUGCAUAGUGGUCAAAGGCUGAAGGCAGGUCCAGAUCUUCAAAUAUCGUAUAUUGUCUAGUUUUUAACCUAUAACGGAUAACCGAAACCUUUUCAUAUUUCAUUAAUAUUUUUCUCAUCCAUAUAUUUUAUAAAAAAAUUUAAUUCUUGUGUUAUUUUCACGAGUAAUUAUCUUAUCUCAUCAUCAAUUAGGAUUAAUUUAUCUUCAUAAUAAUAAUUAUCUUCAAAUCUAUGCUGAGUGAGAUAGCAAAUUUUCAAUCUGUACUUAUUCUUCAGAGUAUAAUCACUGUUCGAUUAUAUAAUUAAUAAUGUUUACUUGAUGUUAUUAAAUUGAUGUGAAUGUACA